AAUGUCAAGUAAUAUGAUACAGUUUGUACAUAUGUUGUGGUAUAAUAAAUAUUUCCAUCUUUAUCAUGUUGUGAGAGAAGACAUUUUACACUAGAGAAAAAUUCAUGGAGGCAAUAAAGUGAAGAAUGGUGUGCUUCAGUCUGCAUUCAGACUCCCAUCAAUUCCUUCUAUGGCAGUGGAUAGCCUUUUUUGUCACGAGUCUCUUGGAGGUCCUGGAUCCUUGCUUUGUUGGUAAUAGGUAAUUCAUUCAUAGCUGAUCAUCAUACAUUAUUGCUGUUACUGUGUACAAUGCCAUAUCAUUUUCUAGAAUGAUUCAACCAAUUUGCAGCUCUACCAAUAGUAUAUUUGUGUGCCUGCCUUUCUUUUCUCCUGGUGGAAUAUUAACAAAUUUAAUCAGUCUCCAUGGUGAAGUGAUUGCUCUAUAAAUAGUUAUAAUUUAUGGAGGUGCCAUGAAGACAAAGCCUAGCAGGAUCAGGAGAGCAGGUGAGUGCCUUGGAGAGUUCUGCCUCCAUUUGAGAAAUGGAAAUAUCCCUCUUGGAUGGCAUUUGGGGAAAAAAGUUGGGAAUUCUGGCCUAGGACGACCUCUGAAGAGACACUGCCGGGAGUGGGUAUAGUGUUAGUGACUGAUCACUUCCACAUUAGAUUCAUUUGUCUAUCUUUUCAUCAGGAGGAUGUAUCAUGUGAACUAUGCAUGGUGCCUGGGGGGUUCUCUCAUCCCUCUAGCUGUGUUGGGCACUCUGACAAAUAUUCUACUCUUUUUUCCUGGAGCUGAGGUAAUGGACAACAAUGUAAACCUUACCGAAGAGGUCUGGUAUUUUGGAGGAAUUUUAGGAUGUGGAGUCUUGAUGAUUUUUCCCGCUGUCUCAUUGCUGAAUCUGAAGAAUACUGCUGGUUGUGGUGGCCAGGAGGAUUGUGGGAAAAAGUUCACUAUGUUUAACUCUAUAAUAGUUUCUGGAAUUGGCCUUGUAGGAGCCUUAUAUGCAUUUAUCAUCUCAGUGGUUGCUAUUAAUAGAGGUCCCAAGUGUUUUGUGGGAAAUGAUACAUGGGAAUAUCCCUUUCAUGAUGGGAACUAUCUCAAAGAUAGGGAUUUGUGGAGUAACUGCAAAGAGCCUAUUCAUAUUGUGCCCUGGAACUUGACCCUCUUCUCUAUCCAGCUCAUAAUAAGCAGCUUUCAGAUGUUACUCUGUGGCAUACAGCUGGUCAAAAGCAUCUUGGAAAUCAUCUGUGAAGAGUGCCAAUGCCCCGAAACCUAAGGGGGAAAAAGGACUGCUUAAAGCUGUGAUGAACCUUGGAUAAAGAGCCAUUAUUUUUGGAAGAUGCCUCAUCCCUGACACAAUGCCCAUGAUGGUCUUAGGACAAGGUAGCCUUAAUGUGAUCAAGCCCCAGCUCAUUAAAAUUCUACAUUAGAACUUAGUCUAAAAGCAAAAUAAAGAAAACUAUCAAGUUGUUCAAGAGUAAUGCACAUGGACAUUUUAUGCUUUUAAAAUAGCAACUUGAUAAUGGAAAUAAACCUUUUUUAGACUUUGUCCCUUUUUUGAGAUCUGGGGCAUGACCCAAGCUCACUUCCCCAAAUCUGUUGUAUGACUAUGAAAUUAGAUACUUAAUGGUACCCAGAUGGCUCCCCUAGUGCUGGGAGCCAUCAGGCCACGAUGCCUUGACAAAGUCAUUUGUGGUAGCUACAGAGGCCACAGAGUGGUCCUUGGCAAGAUGUGAUUGCCCACUCUGUCCCCUUUGCAUAACCUCUCUCGUUAACAUCCCUUACCUAAGGAAUUGAUAUGAUUACUAUUUCCCCUAAUCUCAGAAGGAAUAAUGCAAGAGCAAAAUACCUAUACUCUAAUUCUCUAAAACAUCACCAAAAGAUUAGACUCUCAAACCCAAUCCUAAAAGACUAUCAGGGGUUAACUUUUACUUAGGUACAUAAUUCCUAGCAAAACCAUAGCUACAAGCCAAGCCCAGAACUUUCCCACUCACAGAAAUUUAUUCUCAUGAAACCAGCAUACAAAUUAAUCAUAAAGGCCCAUACAAAAUGUACAGGUACACCAAGCUUCAUCAUGCCUCAGUGACUUGAUUCUUCCCCUUGAGAAACUCCCUAGUAAACCCUGAAAAAUGAUCAGUCUAAUAUUAAACCUGAAUUGUGUUCCCAGUACCUCUCAACUUCAAUGGUAUGAUUGUUGAAAAUUGUCUUUAAGAAUCUUUAAGAUUGAUUAUUUCUUUUUAUUAAAAGUAAUAAGUAAAUUUCCUUGAUUGUUUGUAAGCUCAAAACGCCUCACAGGGUAAUGAGAAAAUUAAGCCCCCUGUGACAAAAUCAUUUAUCUUGAGUGAAACCUUUAUUCUGUCAUCAUAAUACAAGAAUAUAAAAUGUUAAUUAAGUGAUUUGUUAAAAGUUAAUGUAUCACUUUUUCAAUUAUCUCCAUCGAGACAUACAUGUGUGUUAGGUAAUGUAUCUGUGUGCCAAGAAAAUGGGUAUAAAAAUAAACAUCAAGCCUGGGGAUGGCGGAGCAGCUAUCAGAUGCAAAGCAUGCCCAUGGCCACAAAUA